AUGUGCAGCGUCGGCGUGCUUGACAUGCCUUUGUCGUUGGCCCCGAAUACAAUUUGGCGUGAGCGUCGCGCUUUCGCAUAUUACUUUCAGUAUGCUGCUGCAUCAGUUGGGGGUGGACUGGAUCAAGAAUUUUGGCGCACGGUUGUUCCCCAGGUUUGUCGGAGCGAGCCUGCAGUGUGGGAUGCUAUGAUCUGUAUUAGCACUCUGUUUGAAAGCCCUGAUCCUUGUUCCGAGCUUGACCCGCUGCGUCGUGUUUCGCGCACGCUAAGUCAGAAUCAACAGGAUGCAUUGGACUGGUAUGCGCGCUCUGUGUCUGCUGUUCGGCAGGGAAUCACCCGUGGCAGUGUUGACGCUUUCGUGGGGCUGAUUACAUGUAUCUUGUUUAUAUGCAUCGAAUCCCUCUUUGGAAGUAUGGAGGAAGUUAUGCGACUCUAUGCUCAAGGCGUGCAGCUCAUUCUCACCUUGCGAGCCCAGAAGGCCUUUGGCAGACUGGCUUUGCUAAAGGAGACGAUUGUUCCAAUCUUUGCCCGGUUGGGAAUAUUCUCACCUAAUGCAAGUUGGGAAGCUGCCAUGCCAUUACUAGAAGAACUCGAAGAAUAUGCAUCGAUAUCUACGGAAGAAUUUGCCUCCCUUAAGGCCGCCCGGGAGGCCAUCGUUGUGCUCGGCGCAGAGAUCCCGCUCUUGGAGUCGGCCUGCGAGAAGUAUCUACAGUGCUCAAGGGCCUGGUGCAUAUCAGACGAACUCAUGCAACGGCAAACUGUCCUCGCCACUCGCCUUGAGAGAUGGUACACUGCCUUUACGAAUUUGAUGAAGUCUCUACGCGCCUCAAAAGCCGGACUGCCCGGGUCGCAAGUCAGCGCCAGCGCCCUUCUCCUCACGUAUUAUGAAAUGUUAUCUAUUAUUCUCGGGGUCUGUGUAUCGCCAAUGCGGGUCACUACAGACGCUUUCACGCCGAAUUUUCAAACGAUUGUCGAACAAUCUUCUAUCGCGUUAGAGAGUUCGGCGCGAUCAAAUGGCCUCCUCCCGCCAUUCACUUUUGAAAUCAGCAUCGGCCUCCCCCUCUGGUUCACCUGCCUUCGCUGUCGUGAUCCUGCUAUUCGACGUGCAGCACUGGAUCUCCUCGCUCGGUCGCAUCGAGUCCAGGGACUUCACAAGCGCGAGCACGGUACCAUCAUGGGCGAAAAGGUCAUGUUGUUAGAGGAAGCGAUUGCCAUGUCGAAACGUGACACAUCUCCUCUCACGACCGAGUACACCACGCCAAUUAACGAACCGAUCUACCAUGGAAAUUUGAGCCCGGACAGUCCCUUCACCAUUUCACCCGUUAAAGUCGCCGCGAGUCCAUCUCCUGCGCUUUCCGAUAACGAACUGGAUACUGGAAGAUCAGUAUCUGCUGCGCUAAUCCCGCAAGAAGCACGAAUUAGACCCCAUGGCAUCUUUAGGCCCCGGGACGGCUUCCCUCCAGGACUAACGGAGACAGAUGUUGCACGCUGGGGGCAAAAUAGGGAUCAGUACUUUUUGCAAUUCUCAUGGAAUCAGUGCGAUCCGUCCAAUGAAACCUGGGAGAUGGUCUUUGGGUGUGUUCCUAUUGAUAUUUAA